GAAGGACGCUGGUGUUGAGGACAGUAACCAUGAGUUCCAGUGCUUUGACGAAACCACAGAUGCGAGUUCUUCUGGCCAGGCAUCUGCGGAUCCAUAUUGUUGGAGCAUUCGUUGUCUCCCUGGGAGUUGCAACUCUCUAUAAGUUUGGUGUGGCUGAACCAAGAAAGAAGGCGUAUGCAGAUUUCUACAGAAAUUAUGAUUCCAUGAAAGAUUUUGAAGAAAUGAGGAAGGCUGGUAUCUUUCAGAGUGCAAAGUGAUAUAGGAAUAAAAAGGUUUCUUUGGAUAGAGUUCCGUAGACACUUGUCACUGAUAAGUGUUCCUGAACUGUGAAACAUCAAAAUAUCGACUAAAGAAUAGUUCUCAUGACAAAUAAACACCAGUGUGGACAGUAAAAAAAAAAAAAAAA